GUCAAUUCCAGUAAGCAAAAAGUUUUCAACUUUCAUCAAUUCGAUUGCUUUCCCGUCUCUGGGUUUCAAAUUUCUCGAACUUUACAGUAACGAUUCUCUCUGAUUCCAUGUCAGUGGAAGAUGAAUCGACCACAGAGCCUCGCGAAGGCACUAAAUUUGAAUCCGAGGAAGCGGCCAAGAUGUUCUACGAUGAUUACUCCAGAAGUUUAGGGUUUGUGAUGCGUGUAAUGUCUUGUCGGAGAUCCGAGAGAGAUGGAAGAAUCCUUGCCCGGAGAUUUGGUUGUAAUAAAGAAGGUCACUGUGUUACUGUCCGUGGCAAGUCGGGUUCUGUAAGGAAACCAAGACCGAGUACGAGAGAAGGUUGUAAGGCCAUGAUUCAUGUUAAGUACGACAGGUCUGGUAAAUGGGUCGUAACUAAAUUCGCUAAAGAACAUAACCAUCCGCUUGUCGUGGAGCCUCGACAGGCUCGUCAGAGUUUGGAUGAGAAGGACAAGAGGAUUCGUGAAUUGACGAUAGAGUUACGGAACAAGAAGCGGUUAUGUGCAGCGUAUAAGGAACAGCUGGAUGCGUUUGCGAAGAUUGUUGAAGAGCAUAGUGAUCGGAUGUCAAAGAAAGUUGAGAGUGUGGUUGAGAAUUUGAAGGAGUUUGAACAUAUACAGCUUGAGUUUAUUGCAUAGUAAAUAAGAUGAUUUUCUAAGUCAACUUUAAAUAUGUGCUUCUUUGUAUAUUAUUUCUUUGAAUCUGUUGAGAUUUCUUUAACGGCUUUUCUCUGGCCUCAGAUUGGUUUAGUGUAAUAUAGAUGUUGUUAGAUCUUAGUUUUAUGGAAUGUAAUGUGUGAGAAACUGUGUAACCAUAUAGAUAAGAAGAAAACAUGAGUGUAUACAUACAAAUCAGGUCUCUC